GUGAUUUUUUGACAUAAAUCAGAAUUUACUAUUAAACAAAAAUAACAAAUAAGAAAAUAUACGAAAAAGAAUAACUAUACUUACUUUAGAAAUUAAACUAUUGAAAUAUGUCGUUAGUUGCAUAUGCCUCAAGCAGCUGUGAUGAAAGUGAUGGAGAAGAUGAACCAUCUCCCAUUACCAAAACUGAACCUCUACUUUCUGGACACAUCAGCGACGAGGAAGAUGCACCCAUAAUAGCAGAUCCCGCUCCCUUUAAGUCAUCGUUGAACCUUCCAACCCCAAAAUCUGUGUCCACAACUGAUACUAUUCAAGCUCUUUUUGGAAAACUCCCUGAACCUAAAACUAAGAUCGAUCUAAUUGAAGAGGAAGACGAUGAAUUUCUUCGAAAAAAAGCAAUUCCCUCAGAAACACCAACACCGAAAGUUCUUCCACAAACAAAGACCUUGGUGCGUAUAACAAUACCAUCCCUCAAGGAUUUCGAUGACGUAGAGGAGAAAAAAGCAAAGCCCACAGAUGUCCCUACAAAGCAUUCUAGUUUUUCCAGUCUCAUGAGCAUUCUACCAACUCCAAAAUCCGAACAAAAUUUUACUAAACCAAAGCCAUCUGCCGACGAAGACAAAAGCAAUCAACCUUCAAAGCCAAUGCCCUUCGUACCGGACGUAGUAAAAAAUCGUCGACCUGCACACAACACAGAAAACGUUGACAAAACAAUAUCAAGCGAAAAGCCGAAGCCUAAGCCUAAGCCCAAGGCAACUUCAAAAGUUUCUCUUGUAAGUGUCAGCGAUAGUGAAGGCUCGGACAAUGAAAGUGGUGAUUUCUUUUCUCUAACGAACGAUGUGAAACUACCCGAAGUAAGCAAAGACGAGAUUGCAGCCAUGGUAUCAAGGAAAGCAGCUGAAAUGGCAAAGAGUUCCUCAAAAUUCCUUGCUCUAACUCAACCCGAAGAGGAACAAAUGGAACAAGGACCAGCAGAAGACAUUUCAGCAACCAACACUCAAAAUACUCUGGACCACGAAGCAAUCCAAGUACUCGUAGGCAGCCAAGCCAAACGCCGAAAGAUGAGCGAUAUUCAAGUCAUCGAUAUUGAUGGUGACCAAGUACAACCCAACAAGGAAGAAUGGAUGCGAAAUGCUCUGGCAUCUGCGACAACAUAUCAACCGACUGGUGUACUGACAGACGAAGAACCAGCCCAAGGAACUCGAAGGAAACAUCAAAUCACAUACUUGGCCCACAAAGCAAAAGCAAAUGAGGCCGAACUGCAGGCGAUGUGGUCUGCAAAUCGACAAAAUAGAAGACAAACACAAAAUAAAUACGGUUUUUGACGCUUCGCCUUUAUUCCUGUAAAGAUUUUAUGUUUUUAGAAAUUAAAUAAAGAGUGUCUACAAAGAA